AUGCGGGAGGAGCCCCGGCCGCGGCCUCCGCCCUCGGGCUUCGCAGGUCUCCUGUUCCUGGCGUUGUGCAGUCGGGCCCUCAGCAAUGAGAUUCUGGGCCUGAAGCUGCCCGGCGAGCCGCCGCUGACCGCCAACACCGUAUGCUUGACGCUGUCGGGCCUGAGCAAGCGGCAGCUGGGCCUCUGCCUGCGCAGCCCCGACGUGACGGCAUCCGCGCUUCAGGGCCUGCACAUCGCGGUCCACGAGUGUCAGCACCAGCUGCGCGACCAGCGCUGGAACUGCUCGGCGCUCGAGGGCGGCGGCCGGCUGCCGCACCACAGCGCCAUCCUCAAGCGCGGUUUCCGUGAGAGUGCUUUUUCCUUCUCCAUGCUGGCGGCAGGGGUCAUGCACGCGGUCGCCACGGCCUGCAGCCUGGGCAGGCUAGUGAGCUGCAGCUGCGGCUGGAAGGGCAGCGGUGAGCAGGACCGGCUGAGGGCCAAGCUGCUGCAGCUGCAGGCUCUGUCCCGGGGCAAGAGUUUCCCCCACUCCCUGCCCAGCCCUGGCCCCGGCUCAGGCCCCAGCCCUGGCCCCCAGGACACAUGGGAAUGGGGUGGCUGUAACCAUGACAUGGACUUUGGAGAGAAGUUCUCUCGGGAUUUCUUGGAUUCCAGGGAAGCUCCCCGGGACAUCCAGGCAAGAAUGCGAAUCCACAACAACAGGGUGGGGCGACAGGUGGUAACUGAAAACCUGAAGCGGAAAUGCAAGUGUCACGGCACAUCGGGUAGCUGCCAGUUCAAGACGUGCUGGAGGGCGGCCCCAGACUUCCGGGCAGUGGGGGCAGCGUUGAGGGAGCGGCUGGGCCGGGCCAUCUUCAUCGACACCCACAACCGGAACUCUGGAGCCUUCCAACCCCGCCUGCGUCCCCGUCGCCUCUCGGGAGAGCUGGUUUACUUUGAGAAGUCCCCCGACUUCUGUGAGCGAGACCCUGCGGUGGGCUCCCCCGGCACUCGGGGCCGGGCCUGCAACAAGACCAGCCGUCUGCUGGACGGCUGCGGUAGCUUGUGCUGCGGCCGUGGGCACAACGUGCUCCGGCAGACGCGAGUGGAGCGCUGUCACUGCCGCUUCCACUGGUGCUGCUACGUGCUGUGUGACGAGUGUAAGGUCACCGAGUGGGUCAACGUGUGUAAGUGA